CUCGGAGGAGAACAAUGGCUUCGACGGCGACUACAACUGAUUUCUUCAAGCCGUUCCUCUCUCCCUUCUCCAAUGGGAACAAGGCGCAACAAAGUAGUAGUAGACAGAACAACGUGGCGUGGUUGAAUCAGAAGAACCCUAACAGGUCUCUUCGUGUUAAUGGGUUGUUCGGAGGUGGAAAGAAGGACAAUAACGAGGACAAUGCACAAUCAAAGGCAGGGAUACUUGGUAAUAUGCAGAAUCUGUAUGAGACUGUGAAGAAAGCUCAAAUGGUUGUCCAAGUUGAGGCUGUUCGUGUCCAGAAGGAGCUUGCUGUUGCUGAGUUUGAUGGUUACUGUGAAGGCGAGCUUGUCAAGGUUACAUUAUCUGGUAACCAGCAACCAAUCCGCACUGAUAUCACUGAUGCAGCUAUGGAGUUAGGUUCCGAAAAACUAUCACUACUAGUUACAGAAGCAUACAAGGAUGCACAUGCAAAGAGUGUACUGGCUAUGAAAGAAAGAAUGAGUGAUCUAGCCCAGAGCUUAGGGAUGCCACCAGGUCUCAGUGAUGGAUUAAAGUAA